CAAGGCCCGAAUUUAAUGCGAAUAUACCUUUAUCGAGUUCAAAUUGAGUAAAGUCCAGUCGGCUCGAAAAGUCUCUAGUUAUAUUUUCAUUUUUUUAUAAGCGACAAAGCAUUGGCUCAAAAUGCCACCCACUAAAAUCCAAAGUAAUCCGAACGAGCAGAGCGCUGCAAAGCGUUCGCCGUUGUACGUGAGUCUCGAGCUGCGCAACCUGAUCGAAGAGCUAAUGAUGCCACGGAUUGAGAUGCUGCGAAUAGUAGUCUCCACACGCUUCGUAUCCGAAGCGCAGAAUGUGGAUGACAAUGAGACUGAGGCAGAUUGGUGGCCAGAUUACAGCAUAUAUUCGCAUCUGCACUACAUGACCGAGAUGAAUGGUCUGAUGCACUUAACGCAGAAUGCCCUGAAAGGCAUGACCGAGGAACUGAAGCUCAUUGGCGUCAAGUUCCAGGCCUUUGUGGUCGACCACUUCAAAGCGCGCCAAUCAGCCUGGGAGGACGAGGAGACACAGCCACCAGAUGAUAAGCAGCUGCUUGGCCGCUACCUCUUGGCCCAGAGCCUGAUCAAGGACAUGGUGACCUUUGUGAACUGUUGCAGUCGCCACUGCAACAAGCUGCUGGCACAGCGCACCAUUUACUCUGAACGGGCCGCGGAAACCAAGGGCACCGAGGAUCGUAUAUGCCUAAAAAUCUUCGAUGAGCGCAGCUUUACCCAGUUGCACGGCCGCAUGUCCAGUUUGAAGGGCUUUGUGCAGGACUUUUGCGAUUUGUUUGACUCCGAACGGCAACCGUCGGUGGUGGCAGCUGAACAGAAUGCCACUGCCGUGGCUCCGGCUAGCAUAAUAUCGACGUAGUACUGACUCGUUUGUUGAAUGGUUAUAACCCGUUUCUUUGUUCUAGUUUACCCGGCCAACCAAACGAAUACACUCAAGUGCACACACACGGGCGCGCACGCACACACAAACACACACACACACAUACACACACAUACACACACAUACACACACAUACACACGCAUACACACACCCACAUAGACGUGAAGGCUUCAUUUGAGAGGGCUGUAAUAAAGAGAGCACCCCCGAGUGUAU